GAGGAGGAGGAGGAGCCAUACAACGAAGAGAACGAAGAACACGAAGAAGUGAAAGAGCAAGAGGUCCCAGCAGAGAAAGAGGGAGAACACAGGACAGGAGAGAUCCACGAGGAGGAGAACUACGAAGACGAGGUGGGGGUUGGACGGGACGAGCGGCCCAAUCGAAGGGAGAUGUGAGCUGGACAGAGACAUUGACCAAUGAGAGUGCCUUUCCCCAUCACUGGGAGCCAAUCAGAUCUCACUAUUGUUCCCUCUAAAGGAGUAAAAUCAGGCACCCACUUGGCAUUCCGAUUGGAAUUCUAUUGGAAUGUCUGCUGGACAUGGGAUGGUAUUUCCUUUCGUUUGUGUGUCGGACUGGAACAAAGAUUUUGGUUUAUUAGUAUUUCUCCUUUGCAAAGAUAAUCCAUCCACUUGACAGGUUUGUCAUAUCAUGAAGCUGAUUAAACAGCAUGGUCAUUAUACAGGUUUUCACCUUGUGCUGGGGACAGUAAAAUGCCACACUAAAAUGUGCAGUUUUGUCACAACACAAUGCCACAGAUGUCUCAUGUUUUGAGGGAGUGUGCAAUUGGCAUGAUGACAGCAGGAAUGUCCACCAGAGCUGUUGCCAGAGCAUUUAAUGUUAAUUUCUCUACCAUAAGCCACCUCCAAUGUCGUUUUUAGAGAUUUUGGCACAACCUCAGACCACGUGUAGUCCAGGACUUCCACCUCCGGCUUCUUCACCUGCGUGAUCUUCUGAGACUAGCUACCGGGACAGCUGAUCAAACUAGGGAGUAUUUCUGUCUGUAAUAAAGCCAGUUUUUUUGGGGGGGGAAACUCAUUCUGACUGGCUGAACCUGGGAGGGCAUAGGCCCACCCACUUGCAAGCCAGGCCCACCCAUGGCUGAGCCCCCUGUCCAGUCAUGUGAAAUCCAUAGAUUAGGGCCUAAUGAAUAUAUUUCCAUUGACUGAUUUCCUUAAAUGAACUGCAACUCAGUAAAAUCGUAGAAAUAUUUGAAUGUUGCGUUUAAAAAAAACAAAAUGUUGUGUGUACACACACACACCCACACACCCCCACAUACACACCCACACGCACCCACCCACACGCACACACCCACCCACACCCCCACACACACACACACACACACACACACAUCUGUCUUUCCAUCUAUUGAGCUAUCAGACAGGCAUGAGAAGGUCAUGUUGCUAUACACUAUCUGUUUGUGCCCAGAAAGAGAUGGAAGAUUUGUGUCUAUUUGAGUGUCAGUCUUAUAAAUUCGUUUUGUACAAUUUUUUACAUUUUUUUUUACACCAAAUUCCUCUCAAUGUACGUUUUUUUUAGUAGGACAUGCUUUCCAGUCUUCUGUUUUUAUUUAUUGUCGAUAUGACAAUCCUCAUGGUUGGAUCUGAAAAUGUUUCUCCAAUGUUCUCCAAGCGUCAUGAAAUCGACUGUGUCGUUACUGCAGGAAAGAACUACUGUAUCACGGAUGACAACAGUAGGGGGAGAAAUCAUCCGCUCAUUUUCAUUCUUCCGUUUGACUUGUCGACGUUGCUGGUCCUCUUGUUACUAGCUGAGUACGCAUUGCCAGUGGAUCCUUUCAUAGUGUAGUUGACCUGGAUGUAAAUCACAAAUGUCCACUUGACCUGUUCACCCGAUCCUUAAUCACUACUGUCUGUAUAGAAAUACACACAUUUGGACAUA